AUGAAGAGAUCGAAGAAACCCAGGGUUUCAUGGCCUCCAGGUCCUAAGCUUUGUCAGGUUAAGAUGUUUCGAACAGAGGAUUGUCCGGCAAAAGUUGCCUCUCAGCCUCAACGUCAUAACUACCCGAAUCAAUCAUCUAGGAAACCUCGUGUGCCAGAUCUUCCACCCGGUUUCGAAGGAAAUCACUACGCGGAUAAGCCGAACGUCUCAAACAUUCCUCGGAUCAAAUGGAAACGACCUCUUACGUUCCUAGCCAAUGAUAGUUGGCUGAUUGGAGAUGGUGGUGAGAGCACAGAAAGGCGAACUGAAAACUUGAGGAUUGCUAAAGUGUUGGAAGCUAUCUAUCCGCAUCGCUCCGCCAUCCCUUCUCGACCCUCUGUUUCGCCGGUGGUAGAAGCCGAGCGCUUUGAUGACAGCAACACUCCUACCAUUCGUCUCACUCCCAUUGAGGACGAGUGCGAGUCUGCCGAUGAAUCAUCCACCACUUCACUUGAGUCCAGCUUUGUCACAAACAAGCAAGAUCAGUUGGAAACCAAACUUCCCUGUUCAACCAAAGAACCGGUUUCUGGUCUUGCACCAGACUUGAGUCUGGUUGCUUCUGCAGCUCUGGCUGCACUUAUGAAAACCAAGGAACAGGGGAGUAUGGUCGAUCCUGAGCUACUUAUCAAAUUCCUCAGCGACCCGGAAAUUAUCAAGAAUCUGAUCACUGACACAACAGGUAAAUCCUCUGAAACUAAGAAUCAGCUCAUUGACACUAACGUCAACCCUACUAGACUUGUUCCGCAACAUGUCACCUCGUCGCCCAUGGUUAGAAAGCCGCAGCCAAUAAUAAUACCUCAAGAACAGAGUUUUGCAGCUUCUCAGUCUUUUACUAACCCCGAGCAGAGACGAGUGUCUCCAUCCAUGCCUGGAAACGGGAACGUAUCCCUUCGAAAACCUAUAAAUGGAAACCCGGUAAAUAUACCAAUGCCCGUUCACUCCUCUGUCGGCAUAGCUAAAGAACAACCUCUGCCUGUUCGGCUCCCAUCAAGUUCUCUGCCAAUGAACAUUAACUUCCAGAGACCUCAACAUACUUUCUCAGAACAAAAGGUAAAAGUAAAGCCUCAACCUCAACUCCAACACAAUUCCGCAUUCCGCACUUCUGAAAUGAACAAUGUUCGAGCAUCAAUUGGAUUUGGAACGGGUCCUCAAACUGGUUUCAAUACUUAUCCAAUGAACUUAAACCGGGUUGAUGCUACUCGUAGACCUAAACCAGUAGUGCAAUCCAUGAAGAGUCUAGACUAUUUCAAGAACCUUAUAAGGGAACAUGGGACAGAGAAUCAUGAAACUAACCAAUUCCAUUCACAAACUGGAAAACUUAAUGGAUGCAUUGAUCAAAUUAAGGUUCAGAAACAGUGUAUCUACUAUGGCACCACGAGAGGAUGCAAGCUAGGUGAUAGUUGCAUCUAUGUUCAUGACCAAUUGAGGCCUAACUUUGAGGCCGAGGCUCCAAUGGCUAAGAGAUUGAAGUAUGGAAGGUAUGAGGAAAAUGGCUUAUGA